GAGCGGUAGGGUUUCGGGAGAGGUCCUGGAGAGUCGAUGAUCGACAGGGAGUGAGUGAGUGCCUCGCAGUGAUUGCCGUUGAGCAUUCGGGAUUGAGUAUUGUGAUUGCGAGGAGCUCAAUCAAUCGGAUCAUCCAUAAUGCCUCUCUUCUACCCUUCCAUCCUUUUCCAGGAGCGGGUGCUGGGCUUCGUUAUGGGAGGAUUGGUCGGGGCGGGGGUUUCCAUGUACGACCAACGAGAGAUUUGGAAGUCGACUGCAGGUCUUGCCGAGAUGUUGUCCCGAGGGACUCUCCCAGCUGCCCGUGGUAUUUCGAGUCCGCCUCCAAUUUUGGGAAGAGAAGCGCGGGCCGAUCUAGCUCAUUUGUGGAACUCUGCCGUAGAUAGGACUUUCGGACCCCUCAUCGCUGUAAUAAGCUCGAAAGGCUGGUGAACAAUUAGGUGUUUGAUUACUACAUCAUUUGAUUACUACAUGAUUACAGAGUUUGAUUAGCCCUGGCAUACGUUCCUCAUCCAAGAGUUAACAUUUUGUCUCCUGCAGACCUAGGUUCGAUGUUCAUCGUUGAAGGCUUUUUAUGUGUUGGCUGUCCCUUCGAUUCAUUUCGCUAACCUCUUAAAGCUAUAGGUGUCUAAAGAUUGCUGAUCUCAAAAGAAGGGACAUAAUGUUUUGCUUGUGUGGACAUAAGACGCAAUCAAUGAUUUCGAUUGCGAUGGUUAGAGAUCAGAUUUCGAUCAAUGUAUUGAGAGGAGUGUCUGCUUCUUUAUGCAAUUGACUCGCCCAUGUUCCUUCACUUUCCAACUUCA